AGUGACAGAGUAUUUUCCCUUUGAAUCCCCAAAGCAAAAACACCAUGAAAGACACUGUUUUCCCUUCAUCCAGACAAGCCACAAACGGCGCCGCCGCCGCCGCCAAACCUUCCUUUCCCGCCACCAAAUCUCAACUCUACGGAGCCACCCGCCCUCUCUACCGUCCACAACCAAAGCCUCACCGUUACCGCCGCUCCUGCUGCUGUUCAUGUUGCAUUUGGACCACCGUCACCAUCCUCAUCCUCCUCCUCCUCGCCGGCGUAUCAGCCGCCAUAUUAACCCUUAUUUACAGCCCCCACCGCCCCACUUUCACAGUCUCCUCCCUCAAAGUCUCCACCCUUAAAAUCACGUCAUCUUCCAAGCUCAUCACCAACAUCACUCUCAACGUCAACGCCAAAAACCCUAAUAAAGAACUCAUCUAUAUUUACGACCCUAUCGCCAUAUCUCUCACAACCAAAAACGACGCCGUUAUGGCGAACGGCUCGUUUGGUCCCUUCGUGCAUGGUACUAAAAACAAUACCCUUUUGAAAGCCACCAUUAGUGGUGGAAGCCAAGAGCUGGAUGACUCGUCGGCCGGCGAGUUAAGGGUUGCCUUGAAGAACAAGAAAGGGUUGCCAUUGAAGAUGAAGCUUGAUACUAAAGUGAAAGCUAAAAUUGGGGGUUUAAAAACACCAAAGGUUGGGAUUAGGGUCAUUUGUGAAGGGAUUAAAGUAACUGUUCCAAACGGAAAAUCCCCAUCAAAGGCUUCAAUUUCUAAUGCAAAAUGCAAAGUUGAUUUGAGGGUUAAGGUCUGGAGAUGGACUUUUUGAUGAGAAUUGAGGAAGUGAAAUUGAGAAAUAGAAAAAAAAAUGUUUACUUUAUUUUAUUUUAUUUCAUUUUUUUCGCUUUUUUUAAUUAUUUUUUGGUCAACAAUAUCUUUUGUAAAUUUGGUGAUUGUUUGUAAUAACAGGAUAGGGGGAUUUGGUGUAUUUUCUUUUAAUUUGGAAUUUAAUUUAAUUAAUUUAAUUUAAUAGUUA